GCGCGGCCUCCGGGCUGCCGGGGCCGGUGGCCCAGGGGCUGAAGGAGGCGCUGGUGGACACGCUCACCGGGAUCCUGUCCCCGGUGCAGGAGGUGCGGGCGGCCGCCGAGGAGCAGAUUAAGAAUUUGGUGUCCACCUGGCAGAGCUGACCGUAGAUCCCCAGGGGGCACUGGCGAUCCGUCAGCUGGCGUCAGUCAUUUUGAAGCAGUAUGUGGAGACUCACUGGUGUGCCCAGUCGGAGAAGUUCAGGCCUCCUGAGACUACAGAGAGGGUAAGGAGAGGUGCUUGGCUUGUCUGCCUGUGGAGAUGUGAGGGGCCAUCUUCAGAGACUGAGCUGUCAGCAUUCUCUGACAACAAGGAGCUGUCACAAGGCGGGUCAGGGACUUCCCUGGCGGUCCAGUGGUUGAGACUGUGCGCUCCCCGUGCAGGGGGACGAAGAUCCUGCCUGCCACACAGCGCGGCCAAAUGAUAAGCAAAAGUUUUCAUCCGGGAGCUGUUGCCCAGUGGCUUGAGAGAGUCCAUCAGCAAAGUGCGCUCCAGCGUGGCCUACGCCGUGUCGGCCAUCGCGCACUGGGACUGGCCCGAGGCCUGGCCGCAGCUCUUCAGCCUGCUCAUGGAGAUGCUGAAUUCACUCGAGAAGUCACAGACACCCAGAUGCCGCUGGUUGCCCCCGUCAUCCUCCCAGAGAUGUACAAGAUCUUCACCAUGGCUGAGGUGUAUGGAAUCCGGACCCGUUCCCGAGCCGUGGAGAUUUUCACCACAUGUGCCCAUAUGAUCUGUAACAUGGAGGAGCUGGAGAAGGGUGCGGCCAAAGUCCUGAUCUUCCCUGUGGUGCAGCAGUUCACAGAGGCCUUUGUCCAGGCCCUUCAGAUACCUGAUGGCCCCACGUCUGACAGCGGGUUUAAGAUGGAAGUCCUAAAGGCAGUGACAGCCCUGGUGAAAAACUUCCCAAAGCACAUGGUGUCCUCCAUGCAGCAAAUUCUGCCUAUUGUUUGGAACACCCUAACUGAAAGUGCAGCUUUUUAUGUGAGGACAGAAGUGAAUUACACAGAGGAGGUAGAAGACCCUGUGGAUUCUGAUGGUGAAGUCCUGGGCUUCGAAAAUCUCGUCUUUAGCAUUUUUGAAUUUGUCCAUGCUCUCCUAGAAAAUAGCAAAUUCAAAAGCACUGUCAAGAAAGCCUUGCCUGAGUUGAUUUACUAUAUCAUCCUGUACAUGCAGAUCACCGAGGAGCAGAUCAAAGUGUGGACGGCCAACCCCCAGCAGUUUGUGGAGGACGAGGAUGAUGACACUUUCUCCUACACUGUGAGGAUCGCGGCCCAGGACCUGUUGCUGGCUGUGGCCACUGAUUUCCAGAACGAGAGUGCAGCAGCCCUGGCCGCCGCAGCCACUCGGCAUUUACAGGAAGCUGAGCAAACCAAGAACAGCGGCACCGAACACUGGUGGAAGAUCCAUGAGGCGUGCAUGCUGGCCCUGGGCUCGGUGAAGUCCAUCAUCACCGACAGCGUGAAGAACGGCAGGAUCCCCUUCGACAUGCACGGCUUCCUGACCAACGUCGUCCUUGCAGACCUCAACCUCUCAGUGUCUCCUUUCCUCUUGGGCCGGGCCCUCUGGGCUGCCAGUCGGUUCACUGUUGCUAUGUCCCCUGAGUUGAUCCAGCAGUUUCUUCAGGCAACAGUUAGUGGUCUUCAUGAGACACAACCCCCAUCAGUUCGAAUUUCUGCAGUGAGAGCCAUCUGGGGGUACUGUGACCAGCUGAAAGUCUCGGAGAGCACCCACGUGCUCCAGCCCUUCCUCCCCAGCAUCCUGGAUGGCCUGAUCCACCUGGCGGCGCAGUUCAGCUCAGAGGUCCUCAACCUCGUGAUGGAGACCCUGUGCAUCGUUUGUACGGUAGACGCAGCGUUCACAGCAAGCAUGGAGAGCAAAAUCUGCCCCUUCACCAUCGCCAUCUUCCUAAAGUACAGUAACGAUCCCGUGGUCGCCUCACUGGCUCAGGACGUCUUCAAGGAGCUGUCCCAGAUCGAAGCCUGCCAGGGCCCCGUGCAGAUGCGGCUGAUUCCCACGCUGGUCAGCAUCAUGCAGGCGCCGGCGGACAAGAUCCCGGCGGGGCUCUGUGCGACGGCCAUCGACAUCCUGACCACGGUCGUCCGGAACACGAAGCCCCCCCUCUCCCAGCUGCUCAUCUGCCAGGCUUUCCCCGCCGUGGCCCAGUGCACCCUGCACACGGACGACAACGCCACCAUGCAGAACGGCGGCGAGUGCCUGCGGGCCUACGUGUCCGUGACGCUGGAGCAGGUGGCCCAGUGGCACGACGCGCAGGGCCACAACGGGCUGUGGUACGUGAUGCGGGUGGUGAGCCAGCUCCUGGACCCCCGCACCUCCGAGUUCACCGCCGCCUUCGUGGGCCGCCUCGUGUCCACCCUCAUCUCCAGGGCGGGGCGGGAGCUGGGGGAGAACCUGGACCAGAUCCUGCGCGCCAUCCUCAGCAAGAUGCAGCAGGCCGAGACGCUCAGCGUCAUGCAGUCCCUCAUCAUGGUGUUCGCCCACCUGGUGCACACGCAGCUGGAGCCCCUGCUGGAGUUCCUGUGCAGCCUGCCGGGGCCCACCGGCAAGCCCGCCCUGGAGUUCGUCAUGGCCGAGUGGACCAGCCGGCAGCACCUCUUCUACGGGCAGUACGAGGGCAAAGUCAGCUCCGUGGCUCUGUGUAAGCUGCUGCAGCACGGCAUCAACGCGGACGACAGGCGGCUGCAGGACAUCCGCGUGAAGGGGGAGGAGAUCUACGGCCUGGACGAGGGCGUCCGCACCCGCUCCAAGUCGGCCAAGAACCCUGAGCGCUGGACGAACAUUCCUCUCCUGGUCAAGAUCCUGAAGCUGAUCAUCAACGAGCUGUCCAACGUCAUGGAGGCCAACGCCGCCCGCCAGGCCGCCCCCGCAGAGUGGAGCCAAGAUGACUCCAAUGACAUGUGGGAGGACCCGGAGGAGGACGACGAGGAGGAGGAGGACGGCUUAGCUGGCCAGCUCUUGUCCGAUAUUCUUGCCACGAGUAAAUACGAGGAGGACUACUACGAGGACGACGAGGAAGAUGACCCAGACGCCCUGAAGGACCCUCUCUAUCAGAUCGACCUGCAGGCGUACCUCACAGACUUCCUCUGCCAGUUCGCUCAGCAGCCCUGCUACGUGGUGUUCUCGGGCCACCUCAACGACAGCGAGAGGCGGGUUCUGCAGACCAUCGGCAUCUGAAGAGGCCCUCCUCCUGCCCUGCCACGCGCGUUUUACUGGCCUUGAGACACACUUUCUGCUCAGCCCGGAGUGGCCUCUGCAGAGCUGACACCAACAGUUCAGACCAGGCUCUCGGUGCCGUCACCCAGGAACGCUGGAACAAAGGGCAUUUCCCAGCGUUCCCUGGAGAUGCCCGUCUCUAGAACCUUCUUCUUCCCAGCCGUGCCCCCACCUCUGUCCCUAGAGUCCUCUGCCAGCCAGUCCAGAAACACACUGCCCGGAAGCACGAUGUGUUCGCGGACGGUGCGCUCCCCACCUCGGAGCACAGGAGUCACGGCCAGUCACGCUCUAGGACAGACCUGUGUGCUCUCGUAGGACAUCGGGUGUGUUCAGACAGGAGUGCCCUUGGGAAAGAAUCGUGCUUUCUGCCCCGACCGCAGACGCGCUGCGCCUCGUAGGAACGUGGGGAGGCAGCUCCUGGGACCCCUGUUCCUCCUGUGACACUAAGGCUCCCCGUCCAAGGAGGUCAUCUUGGUUCCCCUCAUUGCAUGACACAUCCCCCCGACGCCGUCCCUCUGUGUACGUGCACGCACACAAGAUCAGCCAGGCAGAUGGCACCUUGUUUUUCCUUUUUUAGAAACAAACAUGGGGGGAAAACAGGUUUUUUUAAGAAGUCCGCCUGUCACAACCAUGUUGAACAUGCCGCUGGCGCAGGUCCCCACAGUCUGGGUUCAGAGGUGGCCCCUCUCCCUCAGGAAUCCUCUAAGGGGGGUGAGUUGUAGCCCUCAGAUUUGCAACGUGUAUUUUUCUAGGAGAGUAAAGGAAUCUUUACCAAUG